AUGACUCCGAAUCUUUGUCCAUACCCGUCUCUCAAAAAGGUCGAGUCAAUAUUUGCACCCUCCGACGCCCCCAGUGACAUCUUUUAUAGUGCCAACCACCACCACCUCCUCCUCCUCCUCCUCCUCCUCCUCCUCCUCCUCCUCCUCCUCCUCCUCCUCCUCCUCCUCCUCCUCCUCCUCCUCCUCCUCCUCCUCCUCCUCCGUCAGACUCCCCCAAGCACCCUGAAAACAUGGCACACUAUACCUCUCCGACAGACCUGA